AUGUCCCUCGAAACUACUGGCCUAGCGGAUUUCAAAGUAGGCAAUGAGACGUAUCAGACGUGGUAUAAGAUCAUCGGCGACCUUGAAUCUGGAAAACCGCCUCUCGUCACUCUUCAUGGAGGACCAGGCUUUACACACGAGUAUAUGCUCGUCCAUAAGGAUUUGACGGAAUCUGCUGGAAUACCCAUCGUAGCGUAUGAUCAGAUUGGGAACGGAAAGUCGACGCAUUUACGUGAUGCCCCCAAAGAAUUCUGGACACCAGAGUUUUUCAUGGACGAGCUCGAGAAUCUUCUUAACCAUCUAGGCAUCUCUGAGUGCUUCGACUUAGUCGGUCAAUCAUGGGGAGGAAUGCUGGCUGGGCAAUACGCAGCUACUCGUUCACCCAAGGGCUUGCGUCGCUUGGUGAUCCUCAAUUCGCCAGCAUCGAUGGAACUCUACGAGAUAGGGACCAAUGCCCUUUUAGAAGAGUUCCCAAAGGAUUUUGUAGCCAUGCUGCGGAAACAUGAAAAAGAGGGUACAACUAAUUCAAAGGAGUAUGAGGAUGGAAUGAUGGUGUUCAUGAAGAAACACGUUUGUACGCUGGAUCCGUGGCCUGAAGAUGUCAUGGCAUCAUUUGAAUCGUUUGGAAAAAAUCCUACCGUUUACCACACAAUGCUGGGACCGUCGGAGUUUAAUGUAACCGGAACUCUGAAGACGUGGUCCAUUGUCGAUGUUCUUCACAAGAUCAUGUAUCCCACGUUAAUCAUCAGCGCGCCCAACGAUGAAGUACAAGAUAUCGCCGUCAUGCCGUGGUUCUUAAGGGUUCCUAAAAUCAAGUGGUUGGAGCUCUCCAACAGUACACAUCUAGGACUGUAUGAAGAAAAAGACCGGCAUGUGUCUCUUUCAGAGAGUCAAGCACACAAGAACUAA